UUAGUAACCUUAAAAAGAUAUAUAAAGACAAAUAAAUAAGAAAAUACUAUGAAUCAAACUAAUGAUUUUACUGAUGAUUCUUUGAUUCAAUCAGCUAAAAGUGAUAUAAAUAUUCGUAGUAGUGUCCCCAGUACCAUUUCAGUAAAUCAUAGUUUUGUUGAUUCAUUAGAGAUUGCUAAAAUAAAAAAGAAUGAUCAUCAUGAGGAUAGUCAGAAAAUCAAGUUGUUUGAGGAAGAACGAAGAAUUUUUUUUCAAAAAAAAAAUAUUCAGUUGUUGGAAAAGAAAUUGAAGCAGUGUGAAUUAUUAAAAAAAGAACUAAGAUCUGUAAUUAAAGUUCUGGAAGAUCAAGAAAUGCUAAUAUCUCUGCAAGCCAAAAUAGACAUUAUUAUGGAGCAGGAAUUUGUAUCUUAUUCAAAAGAAAAGGAAAAGCUUAUGGGUAUAAACAAAAAAUUAAAGGAAGAACUAGAUUGCUGUAAAUAUUGUAUAUUUAAAUUGAUGCCCUUUGUUAAAGUUCUUAAAGACACUUGUUUUGUUGAAAAUGCUGAAAAACCUUGCCACAUAGAUCCAAAAGAACUAGAAACCAUAGAUAAAUAUUUUAAAAUGCUUACUGGUUCAAAUGACUUAAGUACUAAUACGCUUGAAGAGCUCACUUCUGAUCAUUUAAUGAAGACUUCAAAUAGUUCUCAUUCGUCAUUGCAAGAUGAGUAUCAUAUCCUAAAAACUGAAAAUAAUAAUCAUUAUGAAUAUGAAACAAAAAAUGAAUGUGUUUCAAAAAAUCAAAUUGAGGAUACUGAACUUUAUGUUGUUAUGGAUGCCAGACCUUUUGUUGAUGACCAAAAUAGAAACGAUGAAUGCCAAAACCUUACACAAAAUGUUUACCAAGAGUUUCCUAGUUUAGUUAUUUCAGAAGAUUAUCAGUCCCCUGAAAAAAAUAGUUCUUUGAGAAUUGAGUCUACAAAUAAUUCAAUAAACACUAGUAUUGAUAAUAAUAAUAAUUCAAUUACUGGAUUUAUAGACAAUGAACUCUCUUCAAAUAAUGAGCUUUUUUUAGAACACAAUUCUGAAUGGAAUAUUAUUAACACAGAUGAUGUUAUUCAGUCCAAUAAUAUAUCUGAUUCAUCUGCUGUUUCUGAAAUAUCUGCUUCUUUAGAUUUUCAGCUUUCAAAAUUGUUAGCUGUUGAUGAAAAUAAAAACAAUGAUUUAUUUUAUAAUGAGAAUUGUAAAAAAUCAUUGGGUAUCAUUAAGGCACCUUUGAGAAUGAAUUUACUUCGAAAAAAUCGAGCUGGAUACGGUCGACCAAAUUUGAAGGAGAAAAAGGUUAUAAUAGAAAUUCCUAAGGUAAACAAACGCCCUUUAACUUCUGAAGAACUUUCAAAUUAUGAAAAUGGAAAAUUAGCUAUUCGUCUUGUAGAUUUAGCUGAGGCAUUUGAUGCUUAUAAAUUAGAUCAAGAUAGUGGGAUAAAUUCUUCUAAGCGUCUAAUAGAAUAUGUAACAAUUCCAGAUCUUUUUGAUGAAAAAAAGGCUCCAUGUAGUUCUGAAACUUUAGGUAAUUCUGAAUUCAAUGAUAACAGUCAAAUUGAAAAUAUGGAAAUAACAUCUGGCUCUAAGACUACUUUUCUGCAAAAGUUGUUGUUGCGUAAAAAGUAUGCUGAUAAAAAAAAGCCAAAGAUGACAUGAACAUUGUUGAACACAUUUAUAAAUACUAUUUUAUAUUUAUUAAUUUAAUAAAUUUUUAGACGUUAACAUACAUUUACCUUGUAUAUUGUUUGAUAUUAAUAUUAUGUAUGUGUGUAUGAUUUCUGGAUAUUAGCUAUAUUUUAUUAGCAAGUAUUUUAUAGUUAUAUUCAAACAUAAAAUUAAAAAUUUUAUUUGAUUUAUAUGCAAGUUUUAAUUUCUCUCAAAAUAUAAUAUCUACCAGUGUU